UCAAAAAAAAAAAAAACAAAAACAAAAACAAAAAACGAACUGAAAAAAAUUGCAAAUUUGCAACGCAUACAUAGAUUCGAAGGUGAGAUCUAAUCGAAAUUGCAGUGGAUGCAACCUCACCGAGUCAGAGACUCACCGAUUCAAUUCUCCUUCUGACUCAGUUUCUGUGAAUCAUGUGGGGCACCAUUGCCAAUUUGAAGGAGAAUCUCAACAAGAUCGCCCUCGAUGUUCACUUCGACGACGAAGACGAUGAUGGCGUCGGAAUCCCGCCGUACGGAAGCCCCGCUCACGGCGAGUCUACACCCGUCUCCGAUCGCCGGAAUUCCUACGGCCACACGCGUGCCAGAUCGAUACCUAGGUCGCCGGCGUCGAACGGGACAUCAACAACGGAUCCUCCCUAUGCUUCUGAGAUAGAACAAUAUAAGGCAGAAAUCAAGAGACUUCAAGCAUCAGAGGCAGAAAUUAAAGCACUAUCAAUUAAUUAUGCAGCUCUACUAAAAGAAAAAGAGGAUCAGAUCAAUAGAUUGAAUAAAGAAAAUGGCUCAUUAAAACAGAAUAUGGAGGCUACAAGUCCAGCAUCCGCCAAUGGCACUUACAAAGUCAAGGACCAAUCAUCGAAUCGACAACAUAGGAUCACAACUCCAACGAAAAAUCGUUAUGCUAUAAACAACGGAACCAUGUCUUCUCUGGAUUCUGAUGCAAUUCAAAGUCCGAUGGUAUCUAAUUCAAACUCACAAGCAAAGGACAAGGAGCUAGCAGAUUUGGCAGAGGGAAAAAAUAGUCUCACCGCAGCAGUACAAGUACAACAUGCUCAUGAGAUACAAAAAUUGAAGUUAGAACUGGAGCAAGAACGAGAUAAAUUGGCAAGCAUUCAGCUAAAUUUCCAUGAGGAACAGAAAUUGAACAAGUCUACACAGGAGGAGCUUAAAUUAUUAAAGUUGGAAAGGGACAAAACAACAAACGAGAUGAAGAAAUUACACAAUGAUUUGAAUGAGAAAGUAUCAGAAAUAAAACGUUUGCAAUUAGAGUUGACUCGACGGGAAGAUGAAGCAGCAGGUGAUGCUGUGGAUAGCUCAAAAAGACUAAUUGAAACUUUAGAGAAGGAAAACACCGCUCUCAAGAUGGAAAAGAAUGAACUUGAGGCUGCACUGAAAGCAAGUAGGAUGUCUUUUUCUCAAAAAAUGUCACCUAGUGCUUCUCAGAUUCAGAACAAGGAAUCAAGUAGUAUCAGUGAUAUGUCAGAUCCUUCCAAAAGUUUUCCAGGGAAAGAAGAGAUGGAAAUAUCCUUACAAAAGCUAAGUAAAGAUUUGAAGGAAACACAGCGGGAGAAGGACAAAGCAGUACAAGAAUUGACCCGCCUUAAACAACAUUUGUUAGAAAAGGAAUCUGAAGAAUCAGAAAAAAUGGAUGAGGAUACCAAAAUCAUUGAAGAACUACGUGAUAGAAAUAAUUAUUUAAAGGAUCAAAUUUCAAAUCUUGAGAGAGCUCUGAAGCAGUCAACUGCAAAUCAGGAGAAACUGAAGAUGGAAAACAGCAAUGAAAUUCUUAAGUCCAGGGAAAUCAUUGAUGACCUGAACAAGAAGCUUACGAACUGUAUGAACACAAUAGAUGCUAAGAACACUGAACUUUUAAAUCUACAGACAGCUCUUGGACAGUAUUAUGCCGAAAUUGAAGCUAAGGAAUAUUUAGAAGGAGAGUUGGCUCGUGCAAGGGAAGAAACAGCUAAGCUUUCUCAACUGUUGAAAGAUGCAGAUGGCAGAGCAGAUGUAUUUAGGAGUGAAAAAGAAGAAAUCUUCGCCAAGCUUUCUCAAUCUGAGAAGGUACAAUCUGAGUGGAGAAGUAGAGUAAGCAAGCUCGAGGAAGAAAACUCUAGAUUGAGGCGAGCUCUUGAACAAAACAUGACACGGUUAAAUAGAAUGUCAGUGGAUUCUGAUUUUCUCGUUGACAGGCGCAUUGUGAUAAAGCUACUUGUAACUUAUUUCCAGAGAAACCACAGCAAGGAGGUUUUGGAUCUAAUGGUUCGCAUGCUGGGAUUCUCAAAUGAGGACAAGGAAAGGAUAGGUCAUGCUCAACAAGGUCCAGGAAAAGGUGUUGUCCGUGGUGUUUUUGGGUUGCCUGGUCGCCUGGUUGGAGGUAUCUUGGGAGGAAGUUCAAAUGAAUCAGCUGCAAAUGCGGGAUCUGAUAACCAGUCCUUUGCAGAUCUUUGGGUUGAUUUUCUUCUCAAGGAAACGGAAGAAAGAGAGAAGAGGGAGCUGGCAGGAAGCACGCGUGAACCCAUGGAUGAUUCACCUUCACUUGAUAAGAGUCCAAAUAUUAAUUCUGCUUCUCCACAACUUUCCAAUCAGCGGUUUAGUACUGGAUCAGCAUCGAUUAGUUCACCUACUAAUCAGAACGUGAGCCCUUUCCCUCGUGGAUAUUUUCAGCAUGGUGAACAAACUGGUUCUGAGUUCUCAACUGUUCCUCUUACAACAACAGAUAGCAAAACAUCUGGUUCAUACCGUCUUCCUAGAUACUGAGUAUACAUUUUUUGAAAUAUAAGUAAUCAAAGGUAAUCACGAGAGCUAGAUUUGCCACCCCAACCAUUAGAUUUCACACCCCUAAUUUUCGGAUUUUCAAGUUCCGAAUUAUUUCGGAAUCUUAGAUUCCGAAAUUAAUUCGUGAUUUUUAGUUCAAAAUACAUCUAACACCACACUUUUGAGUAAAAAACCACACUUUUGAGUAAAAAAGUGCUUCGGAAACCUUAUUUCCGAAAUAUUUCGGAAACUGAGUUUCCGUAAGUGGGGUGACAUUUCUAAUGGUUGGGGUGCCAAAUCUAAUGAUCGGUAAUCACUGUUGCAUUUUAGGCAUGCAACCUUGUUCAAUCAAUUCUUUGAAAAAUGAGGGUUUUUUAUUUACAAGUGUUACAAAAUUGUUUUUUGUUCAAUGGCGUUGUUAACUUCGAUACUUAUGGAUGUAUAUGCAUACUCAUAUCUUUAAUGUACAUAAAAUACAUUUUAAAUAGUUUGCUCUAUUGGGGGCAUGUAAGGGAGACUGAGUGAGAGGUUUAAUUGUGCUAAGAUGGAUUGAGAAAAUAAAGGCUAAUAUUUUUGAGUUCUAA